AUGAAGCCGGACGGGCCUCGCUUGCUUCUGAGGGCCGUGGCCUUCGGGUUCUCGCUUCUCCUCGUCGCGGGCCAGGGCCAGGACUCUACCCGCCCUGUCCGGACCACACACACAGGGAAGGUACAGGGGAGCCUUGUCUACGUGAAGAAUGCUGAUGUGGGGGUCCACACCUUCUUGGGAAUUCCCUUUGCCAAGCCACCUGUAGGGCCACUGCGAUUUGCACCCCCAGAGCCCCCAGAAUCUUGGAGCGGUGUAAAGGAUGGGACUUCCCAGCCAGCCAAGUGUCUGCAGGACUCCAACGGCAUGAAAACAAUGGAACUGUGGAAUGUGACCCUGCCUUCUACCUCCAUGUCUGAAGAUUGUCUGUACCUCAACAUCCACACACCUGCCCAUUCCCACAAGGGCUCCAAUCUGCCUGUGAUGGUGUGGAUCCAUGGUGGCGGGCUUGUCCUGGGCAUGGCUUCCAUGUAUGACGGCUCUGCACUGGCAGCCUUUGAAGACGUGGUGGUGGUCGUUAUCCAGUACCGCCUGGGUUUGCUGGGCUUCUUCAGCACUGGAGACAAACACGCAACUGGCAACUGGGGCUACCUGGAUCAAGUGGCCGCACUGCGCUGGGUCCAGCAGAAUAUCGCCUACUUUGGAGGCGACCCUGGCCGUGUCACAAUUUUUGGCGAGUCUGCGGGUGGCAUAAGCGUGUCUUUGCACGUCAUAUCCCCCAUGUCCCAAGGACUCUUCCAUGGCGCCAUCAUGGAGAGUGGCGUGGCCCUGCUGCCUGGCUUCACCGUCAACUCAUCUGACAGGGUCUUCAAGUUGGUGGCCAACCUGUCUGCCUGUGGCCAGGUUGACUCAGAGGCCCUGGUGGGCUGCCUGCGGCACAAGAAUGAAGAGGAGGUUCUAGCCAUCAGCAAGCACUUCAAGACCAUCCCCGGCCUAGUGGAUGAGAUCUUCCUGCCCAAGCACCCCCUGGAGCUGCUGGCCUCUGCCGACUUUCAACCUGUCCCCAGCAUCAUUGGCGUCAACAACGAUGAGUAUGGUUGGAUCAUCCCCUUGACCAUAAACAAUUCUGACAUCAGGAGGGAAAUGAGCAGAGAGUCCGUGAGGAAUGCCUUGCAGGAAUUGUCAACAAUGAUGACUAUGCCUCCUGAGUUUGGUGAGCUGUUGAUGGAGGAGUACAUAGAGGACAGUGAAGACCAUCAGACCCUCCAAAACCAGUUCCAUGAGAUGAUGGGGGACUACAUUUUCGUGAUCCCUGCACUCCAAGUAGCAAUGUUUCAUCGUUCCCAUGCCCCCGUCUACUUCUACGAGUUCCAACAUCAGUCCAGCUUCUUCAAGGAUGUCAGGCCGAGCUAUGUGAGGGCGGACCACGGAGAUGAGGUUCGCUUCCUCUUCAGGAAUGAGCAAAUCCAAUUCACGGAGGAGGAGGAGCUGCUGAGCAGAAAAAUGAUCAAGUACUGGGCCAACUUUGCUCGAAAUGGGAACCCCAAUGGUGAGGGUCUGCCCCACUGGCCGAUGUUCGACCGGGAGGACCAAUACAUGCAGCUGAACACGCAGCCUGCAGUGGGCCGGGCCCUGAAGGCCCACAGGCUCCAGUUCUGGACGAAGACCCUACCCCAGAAGACACAGGAGCUAAUGGAGACCAAGGAGAAGCACACAGAACUAUAG